GCCCCGUUUCCUUUCCCGCCGGAAGCCAAUCGCGGGGUGCGGGCCCCCCAAGCUUGGCAGGGGCUGAGGCUUUCGAGCCUCGCACAGUCCGCCCAUUGCGCCCGGGGCCCAGUGUCCACUGCACCUUCGCCAUGGCCGUGGCCGACCAGGCCUUUGUCACCUUGGCCACCACUGAUACCUACUGCCAGGGUGCCCUGGUGCUGGCCCAGUCCCUGCGGGAUCACGGGACGACCCGGAAGCUGGUGGUGCUGGUCACCCCGCAGGUGUCCACCCUGCUCAGGGUCAUUCUGUCCCGGCUGUUUGAUGAGGUGGUGGAUGUCAAUCUGAUGGACAGCGGGGAUCUCGUCCACCUGUCCUUCCUGAGGAGACCCGAUUUGGGGGUGACGCUGACCAAGCUGCACUGCUGGACCCUCACCCAGUACCGCAAGUGUGUCUUCCUGGACGCCAACACCCUUGUCCUGGGCAACGUGGACGAGCUGUUCGACCGGGCGGAGCUGUCAGCAGCCCCCGACCCUGGGUGGCCUGACUGCUUCAAUAGUGGGGUGUUCGUCUUCGAACCCUCGUUAGAGACCCAUGGCCUCCUGCUCCGCCACGCGGCCCGCCACGGCAGCUUCGACGGGGCCGACCAAGGUUUGUUGAAUGACUUCUUCAGUGACUGGGCCACGGGCGACAUCCGCAAACGCCUGCCCUUCGUGUACAGCCUGAGCGUGAGCACGGCCUACACCUACGGCCCGGCCUUCAAGCAGUUCGGGUCCGGUGCCAAGGUCGUGCGUUUCUUGGGGUCCAGGAAGCCGUGGGAUUACAGCAGCAACCCGCAGACGGCCUCGGACCCCGCGGUGGGCAGCCGGGAAGAGGCGUCCUUUCUCGGGGUCUGGUGGCAGAUUUUCCAGGACAGCGUGCGGCCUCUGUUCCAGAGCCUCGGAGCCCCCCAGAAGCCCGAGUCUCCGCCUCACCCCCUUUGCUUCCGUGCUGUUGGGACACCGUGUGCAAACUCAGCAGCCAGCGACGAGGUGCCGUGUGCAAACUCAGCAGCAGCCAGCGACGAGGUGCCGUGUGCAAACCCAGCAGCCCUGGGACCUGCUGGAGGGCGGACGGUGGCAGCAGAGAAGACGACACCGCUGUCCCUGGCAGACGAUGCCACAGCUCAGGUGACUCCUGGAGACGUUGGGACCUUCUGGCUGCACACAGCCGAAACUUCCGGUCACGGUGACCUGGCCGCGGCUGUGUCUGAGAUUUCCAUCGGGGACAAGCUGAGCCCGGACGAGGACAGACGGAAAUGGGAGGCAGGACACAUCGACUACCUGGGAAAGGACGCCUUCGUCCGCAUCCAGGAGAAGCUGGACCGGUUCUUGUCGUAAGGUCACCUGUGGCCCUGUCACCUUCUUUUCCUCACUCACGCGUCGUUCCCUCACAAAGCUAGCGGCCAUUGCUCCACCCGCCGUGCCUCUGAGCCUUCCAGGAUGCAAAUUCCGUUUCUUUAGCCUUUUACCAAAACGUCCGUGCACGUUGACUGACACUUAGACGUAUCUUUGAGAGGCACCUCGGCGGUUGCCUUUCCGCACUGAAGGACAACGUGGCCAGGCACAGUGGCUCACGCCUGUAAUCCCGGCCACUUGGGAGGAUGGUGGUUCGAGGCCAGCCUGGGGAACAAAGCUCAGGAGACCCCAUCUCCAGCAAUGGCUGGGUGUGGUGGCGCCUGCCUGCAAUCCCAGCUGCACAGAGCAGAUGAAGCUCCGGGUCUAAAGAGAGACCCCAUCUCGAAAGUACGCAACACAACAAAGGGCUUUUUGCUUUAAAUCCUAAUGUCCGUUGACGAAAUCCCACUGGGGACACCCUCAAGGAUGUCAGGUGUCAUGGCGGAUGCAAGGUCUUCUGCACGGAUUUGUUUUCUGGGUAGAAGAAUUCAGGGCUCAGUCCUAACUUGGUGACAGGGACGAAGUCCAGGGACUAAGUCCUCUGUGCUCAGUGACAAAGUCAGUCAACUAUCACUCACCUCUGCCUCGCUACCUCAGUCCCGAACAACUUCUGGGAUCACAAAAGGACUUUUCCCCAAGAAUUCCUCCUGUCAUAAGUGUCACAGUGUCGCAAAUUCACGUCACGUGCUGUCUGUCGUCUUCCCCGGCGGUUGUUGGUGACCACCGGGAUUAUGAGAAAGAGAGGGGACAUUUGAGCCGCCAUCUUGGUUGUCAUUGGCCAUAGGGCAAAGUUGACAUUAAUCGAAAGCAGCCCUGUGGCCUUGGUGACAUGGGUGGCAUGUCCCGUUGGACCAUCAUUGGUGACCUUUACUUGUCAGGAUGGAACCAUCACCUGGAGACUGGGAACCUUGGCCCAUGAGCCGCCAUCUUGGUUGUCAUUGGCCAUAGGGCAAAGUUGACAUUAAUCGAAAGCAGCCCUGUGGCCUUGGUGACAUGGGUGGCGUGUCCCUUUGGACCAUUGUUGGUGACCUUGUCAGGAUGGAACCAUCACCUGGAGACUGGGAACCUUGGCCCAUGAGCCGCCAUCUUGGUUGUCAUUGGCCAUGAAAGCAGCCAUAUGGAUUUGGCCUUGGUGACUUUGGGGUGGGAUGGUGGCCGGCCAUUUUUCCGACCCCAUAGACACAUCACGGCGGAAGCUGGUGCUAUGGAGAAACACAAGUCUGCGUCCUACGAAAUUCAGGGGGGAGAAAUCCUAGAAAAUGCGGAUUGGGGCUUUCCUAGAGACAGGAUUCAUGGUGGAGGACGAGGUGAGUUGGUUUAAGGUACAAGAUCAACCUGGAAUCCCACUGGCCAACCUAUACGUGUCCCCAAAUUUGGUCAACCCUAACGUGUGUCUCCACAUCCCCCUCCCCCCGAAAAACCCCAAAUCCUAUUUUUUCCGGAAGAAAUUCAGCCUCUGCUGUCCCACAAAAAGCCCCAAUUACCCAACGGGUUUUGGGUAUGGCCGGCAGCAGGGAAAGGCAUCCCAGUCUUUCCUGGUGACCUCUGAAGUCCCGUAAGGUCACGGGGACCUGGUUCCCCUUCUCCCGGCCAUGUUCUUUCCCAUCUCGUCCCCGCAUCGUCCGUCGAUCAGCUUGCAUUUUGUAUGGCGAUGGUUCCCUUCUGUCUUUGGAGGUCGGGCUUUGAACCGGGACCCUUCGGAGCAGCUGGGAUUACAGGCGUGAGCCACCGUGCCUGGACGGUUGCACUGAGGUGUGGACUCUCAUUUCAACAGUGGCUUCCGGGAAACGGUCCACCUGCUCAUUUUUCAGUGGUCUCUAGUAUUUCUUCCAUACGGGCAGAGAAGCGGGGAAAGGAGCGAGGCUGUGU